GCAGUAAAAAAGCAACACAUAUUUCAAGAUGCUGACUGCUUGCCCGGAUGAGCUGCCCAAUCCACACAAGAACUGCCUGAACGAGAUGCUGCAGGCGCUGAUCUGUAAUGACAACGAUGUGAAGCGAUUAAACACAGAGCUCCGCAACCUAAGUGUAGAGAUGAAGGCGGAGAUGGACAGAAUCAACAAGGCGAAUAUAAAGUGCGGCGACGAGAAUAAGGGAAAGGCACAGGUUGUGUGCGAGAGCAUUGAGGACAUGACCAAGUUUGCACAGCGAAUCAAUUGCUUGGACGAGGUGAAGACCCACUUUACCAAACGCAGCCAGGAGAUACGGAAGCGACGCGACAAUAUAAUUGUAUAUGCACGCCAGUGUCUAUACGCCUAUAACGAGGAGAAGUGCAAGUUCAAGUCUUUUCACGAGAACACGGUGGACUAUAUAAAACGGACGGCGACCCUCUCCGAGGACACGGCAGUAAUCCGGGGCUGUGAGAAGGAUGUGUGUGAGCUGCACAAACGCUUUGUACGAGAGGUGGCCAACCUCAAGAGCUGUGAGGCAGAGCUGCUGCCCUUCUUUAAACUUUUAAAGGACUCCGAUCCAAAGGCCUACUGUGAGUGCUGUUGCUUCAAAGACUAUGACUGGCUGCCGCAGGGCAAGAAUCUGGAAGCAGUCGAUCGACUGGAGGGCGAGAUCAAGGAGCAGAUGGGCGAAGUGCUUGUUCGAGCCUUUGCCCAGCUACACCUUCAUUCUCCUCAGGAUCCACGCGCCUUCAUUGCCGGGUAUUUGAUGAACUUGGAUCGGAAUGAGCAAGAGAUGAAGGCAAAGCUUGACAUCUUUCAGACGGAUCCUAUUGUGGAGUCUCAGGAGUUAUCGGAUCCUACGUUCCGCUGUGAAGAUGCUUGUCUUCAAGAGGACAAGUAGUGCCGUGAAUUCAGUCCAUAUUGUUCCUUUAAAAUGAAAUCAAAGAACUUAAAAAUUGAGUUAAGGAAAUCAAAUUAUUUUUUUGGAUUUAACUUGCAACUAUAAAAAUGUGUGCCAAAA